AUGGCAGUAAGAGCCGCUGACAUUUUGGAUUUAAGAUCGAUAGUGACACAGACUUUUCCCCAACUUCGAUCGCAAGGUGAAAUCUACCGACACCCUCACGCCAGUCAUCAAGCUUCACAACGUCCUGCCCAUCAUUCUUUACCCUCGUCAAGUCGUAAUGGUCCAACUCCGAUGGAUAUUGACGUUAACGCUGUCUCAACUGAUCAAGAUGGUUCCAAUCCUUUUCCAGCGAUUCGACGAAUUUGCAUCUCGAAGAACUUGUGUUUUGAUUGUCUCAAGCCGUAUGACGAUGAACAUAAACGUUUACAAUUGACUAAUGGUAAACGAUCCUGUCCAAAUCAGUCUGCACGCAUUGAAGACAAGUUGAAGAUGUUACGUGAAUCGGUGUCCAACAAUUGUCCAGGUGUACGUUCAUCCUCUGUUCCAACUCAAAUUUCUGCAGUUCAAUUGGAAUUAUCGGAUUAUGAAGCUUUGCCAAACACGAUUAAAGAAGAAACUACUCAAUUGCUGGAAUCGUUUUGGUCGACUUUGCACACACCUGAUUAUGAAAGCACAAGCAAUGAUUUGGUAGAUCAAAAUGAUUCAAGCUGA